AUGCGCUUAUCCUGGCGAAUGAAUGUUGAAAACGGCCUGUCCGUUCUCGGAGCAUUGAAUGCGAUGCUCCUCUCGCGAAAACAAGUAGAAAUUGAUGACACUAUGCAUUCUGGAAUUUUCACCAUUCUCGCAAUCCUUGCACCUCUCAUGCCUGCUUCCUUCACAUUCGCUAUUGUUUUACGUAUGGCUUUCAAAGUUUCGGCCUUCUUGACAUCGAGUGGAGGCGCUUCUCACUUCUCAACAAAUACCUGCUGGGACUUCGUCCAGGCGAGCUGACUGUAAUAACAGGCGGUACGGGGUCUGGAAAAACCACUUUUCUGUGCGAGUACACGCUCGACUUAUUUAAUCAAGGAGUGAGUUCUCUUGAAAUUUUUAUUCAUUGCAAAAUUGAAAGUGUGAAAGUUCGAACGAUUUUCUGCAGUUUUGAAAUGCCUGAAGAAAAAAUCUUGA